AAUUGACUUUGCAAUCGAGUCUUGAUUGUAUCCAAUGGAAAUAGAGCCAAAUCAACAGACAAUCCAGCGAUUGCUCCGGACUAUUGAUUUACCACAAACAGAAUCAAGAAAAUCACAAUCGAAUUGGCGAAACGAGAGAACAUCAGGAAAAUUUGGAAACAUGACCAGUCGCGAUCCAAAUGGCCGAUACUCUAGUUAUCCUACUCGUUCUCAACGAAUUAAAUUCAACAAAAACAAAAUAGAAAUUAAAUUAUCAAUAUUACUCAAUUCGUUAGCGCAAAUAUAUGGAAAUGGAUACAAGGAUAUCAACGAGAAAACUGUCGUCAGUAUAAAACCUUUGCCGCUCGUUUGGCCUAAAGCGUCAAACUUAUCAAGAUUUCUCAUAAAAUUAGAAAAGUUGGUUCAUAACUCGACAUUCCAAUCCAGUCCUACACAAUGGAUGAUCAAGAAGAGAAUAAUUCCUCAGCCAUCAUGUCCGAAUUGUAAGACUGAAAUGUCCAUUCAAGAAGAAAAUGGCUCAUCUGAUGAUAGAAUCGACAAUUUCUGGAUCUGUGGAUGCGGUGUCAUGAAAUCUCUGAAACUUCCGUUCUCAUUCAAUAAGAUGAAAUCUAUUCGCAAAGUGUUUUCUCUGAUCUAUUGUUGGUCGUCAAGAGAUGAGAAUGUCGAAUCGUCAUUAUCAGUCUUGGAAGAUUAUAUGAUAAGUGACACAUAUUCGGUGUAUAGAUCUUUACAAUCACUUUGUGGGCGAAUAAUUAGUCGUGAUCAUACCAAAUUAGCUUCGUUUGAUGGCCAUCCGGUCGAAGUGGUCAGUAUCAAGUUAGGACAUCUUUUCGUAUUAACUGUCAUGGAAACUAAAACAAAAGCCAUAAGAAUAACAUGUUUCGAUCAAGAUGAAAUAAUCGAUGCUGCUCAUUUAGGUGUUAAUCUCUUCGUCGAUAAAUGCAGAAAAUGGAUCGCAGUUCCUUCCGAGGUUCUGAUUUGUGAGAUGAAGUUCGAAAGUUUAGUGUCUUAUGGAUACAAAAUAUCAUUUGCAACGAAAAAAGAUUUCCUUAAAUUAGACGAUGAGACCAUUGAAAACUCUGCAGGGAGUUAUAUAAUUUUCCAUUUGAAAAGAAUGUUGAAAAAUAUCAAUUUAAAUUCUCUAGAUUGCCAGUCGAUGAAAUUAAUAUUGUACGAAUUAGAAUGGAGAGAAAAGUACGGUUAUGAUCCAUACACUGCGUUCCAGAACAUAAAUACUCAUCUAGCUACUGAUCCACUGGAUCGAAAUUGUAUCAUUGAGAAAAUCAAGGUUGAUGCUUUUUACAAAAAUUCGAAGCAGUUAGAUGAUGACUGGAUCAAGAAAAAUUCUGAGUUCUUUUCCCAAGAGCACGAACUCUCAAUUGAUCCUCGACUUCAAUGGUUGCAAACUGUAGCUAAUCAACAAGAUUCUUAUCCAUGUAAAAAUUCCGCGAAAGUUGAUGAAUAUUACAUAGAUGAAUAUUUCUAUGGUUGGUGGUAUCCUCUUAAUGGACAAAUUCGAAAGUCUAACUUUAAACCCGUUUCGAAUAUAAUUUGUAUUUUAUGCCAAAUGAAUUUCUGCAAGGCCAACAUAUCGAGACACAUAAUUGAACAUCUUAUUAAUCCAUUUUCGAACUGCUCUUUAAUUCGUAUUCUUUGUAGUCAUUGCUUCAAAGAUUUUUCUCCGGAAGAAAUGCAUCUACACAGAGAAUUGAUCAGUACGAAUAUGAUUUCUUUAAGCUGUAGGAUUUGUUGCGUGUCCUUUUACGAGAGAAGUGAAUACUUGAAGCAUAUGAAGAGCAAUCACUGGCCAAGAGAAGCGCCUUAUGCUUGUCCCAUUUGUAAAUAUCGUUCGUCGUUCCAAAGAGAUGUUCUAAUACAUUUUGAUAAAUAUCACUUCGAGUCGAAAAGUAUUCUUUGUCCAGUUUGUUUGAAACUCGUCAUGUUUGAUUCAUUGGAUGAAUUAUCCGUAAUUCUCGUGGAUCAUAUUAAUGAGCACGUUAAAAUUGGAUCUACUUUCAGUUGUUUUCGGUGUACCUUAACCUUUAUUAAUGAAAUCGAAAAGGUUGAGCACCUGAUUGCUGAUCAUGGAAAUCCAUCCAAUUAUCAACAAAAUUUUGUCCCUUACAGACUUAAAGAUAAAGAAAUUGAUUUGAGUACCAUCGUGAAUCGUGAUGAGCUCUUGUCUCCAUCGGUAGUUGAAGUGAAGUCUAAUCAACCAAAUGGCCACUUUUAUGAGAAGAAAAAUGGACUCAGUAAGCAAAGAUUGACCUUGAAAAAAUUUAAUCAACUUGUAACAACUUUGAAUUUAACAUGUAUGGAAUGUAAAAAGAAAGUACAACCAAAACACUUUUCAGAAAAUCCUGUCGUUUGUAUAAUAUGCAAAUGGAAUCGCAUUGCAAGUUCGCUGUGAAGAAUCACAUUUGCCUCCAUUCGGCCAGAACUUCCCACCAUAAAUCUCCUGCGUUCAUCUGUCUUUGUAAGCGGAAAUUUACUGAGGCUGAUAAAUUAGUCGAACACAUGGCGUUGGCUAAACAUUUCACGUGUAAAUGCAUUUUAUGAUCGCUGGUCGAUUCAAGUGAACAUUAGAUACUAAAUAUCCUUUUCUAUUUCUAUUUUAAUUUUUGAUCAAAUCAAGUUUUAUGUUAAUCUCUUCGAUGGAUCAUCUCCUUUUCUAAAAUGUAUUUAUCCAUCUGAGUGAUAAUAAGUCCACGAAUUUCAUAUGUACAAAUAUUUCAAUUGAUCUGAUAUACUCAAAAACAAAAACAUUAAAUUGUUUUAUUUAUAAA